AUAUGGCUACUCAGAUAAGCAAAUACAAGUUUGUAAACAUUCAAUGGAUUCUACGUUUUUGGAGCUGACGAAGCUGCUUCCCCGAUGGGUGGAUAUAGAAAAUGUGAUUCAGGGCGAAGUCGAGGCACGCUACAUACUCAAAACAGCCACGGAUUACAUGGAGAACUUCCAAUCUAAAGGAAAUUCCGGGGAAGAGGAGACCAGAUACCUUAUAUGUGCUUUAGUGGAUAGAAACUGGGAACGCAUACACACAGGACACUUCAGCAGGGUUCCUUUAAAUACCAGGAAGAUAUACGCCAUAGGUUGCUACUUUAAGAUUUUUUUCCUACUUCUUGAGAGCUCGAGUCCUGCUCAAAAGGAGCUAUGCAGUGGGAUCCUGGAUGAGGCUCAACUAUUAGGCUCCAUGGAGGAUUGGAGCGAACUAAAAGUCGCCUUGAUGGAUUACCUGGAUAAGGGGAGACCGGAAAAUUCCGGAACCCUGCCAAUUCUGGAGUCAUUAAAACGAAUAUCCUGCACCUGUGAUAUACCUCAACUAGAAGCUCCCAGCUUACAAGAGUUCCAAACAAAGUGCUUUCAGGCAGGACAACCCACACUCCUUCUAAACACCAUCCAACAUUGGCCUGCUCUGCAUAAGUGGUUAGAUCUCAAUUACCUUCUCCAAGUGGCUGGGCAUCGCACGGUGCCCAUAGAAAUAGGUUCCAAUUAUGCCAGCGAUGAGUGGUCGCAGCAGCUGGUGAAGAUCAGCGACUUCUUAAAAAGGCAAUUCGGGGGGGAUAGGAGUAAGAGCCACCAGGACAUCGAAUAUCUCGCCCAGCACGAACUCUUCUCCCAGAUACCAGCUCUCAAAGGAGACAUAUCCAUUCCCGACUACUGUUCCAUAAGCAAAGAGGAUCCCCCGGGAGCUGUGGACAUAAAGGCCUGGCUGGGACCAGCUGGUACCAUAUCACCGAUGCAUUACGAUGCCAAGCAUAACUUACUAUGCCAAGUAUUCGGCUCCAAGAGGAUUAUAUUGGCUGCUCCCGAAGAUACCGAGAAUCUGUAUCCCCACGAAAGCGAGUUUCUAGCUAAUACAUCCCAAAUAGAUGUCUCUCAACUGGAUCUGGACACAUACCCUUUAGUGGAGAAGGUCAAGUUCUACCACUUGCUCCUUCAACCUGGCGACUGUUUGUACAUGCCACCCAAAUGGUGGCACUAUGUGAGAUCUGAGGCCCCCAGCUUCUCUGUAAGCUUCUGGUGGGAGUAGAAUUAUAAAGUACAUUUUUUUGAUACUCUCUUUUUAUAUGACCUGUUUGUGAUUAAAGUUUUGAAGCUAA